GGAGAACAUCCGAAUUUGGUUGAAGGGCUGGGUUUCUGUUAGUGCAAUGGAAUCGGAACAUCGAGUGGCACUGGAAGAUGACCCGAGCUUGGAGAUUCGUUCACACAGUAUCAGUCGCAGUAGCAUGGGAUCCCCGGCCUCCGCCGUGGCACGAUCGGAAUCCGCCGCGCUGGCGCGGCUGGCACAACGAGUGGCGGACAUGGGCAUCACGCGUCCGGAGGUGCUGCGUGUGGUCCCUGCCUAUCACGCCUUCCAGAGGUGCGGCGCGGCGUUCCGGUCCUCGACACGGGACGAGCUCUACCACAUGAGCGUGGCGAGCGAGGAGAUCCCAUGCUUUUGGUCCCAUUCCUGGCACGGGGGCCACAGGAAGAAGGUUCUCACUCUUUUGACCAUCUACAACGGCCCUGCAGCCAUUGCCUGUGGUUUUCUGGCUGCUUUGAGCAUGAUGGCGCUCUUCAGCUAUGGCCAACUGCCAGGCAUUCAACGAGAUCGCCGAGAACCUGAGAAGCUUUCCUCGACGUGGUCACUUUGUGCCGGGAUUUCCGUGGCAAUGCUGAGCUUUCUGUUUUGGCGACCGCAGAAAAAGGUCUUUUUCGACCGGAUCUGUAUCAAUGAGACGGACGUUGAUUUGAAGUAUGACGCCAUCUUGAGUCUAGCUGGAAUGCUCAAACGAUCAUCAGAAAUGUUGGUCCUUUGGGAUUCGUCGUGGUCUGAACGCUUGUGGUGCUUAUUUGAGCUCGCAGCGUUCUUGAAGAGCAAGAGGAAUAGCAAACAGGUGCUGACCAUCAGGCCUACCUUUCUGGGUCCCUGCUCUGUAUGCGCCUUUCUGGGUAUGUCAUUGGCCUUUUUACCUGUGACCACCUUCCCAGCCCAGCGAUAUUCUUUGCCGGCCAUCUUCUUGUGUGUCUUUGGAACUCUCUCCAUUUGCGGCUGCUCCAUGGCCUUUCGCGGUUACUUUCGCUCGGUGGAGCGACUGAAAGAGCAAUUGCAAAGUGUGAAGUUGGAGCAGACCAGGAGCUUGUGCUGCGAUACCAACCACCGAGAUGCAGAGGGUCGUCAAGUGAUUUGCGACCGAGAGAUCCUGAAGGAGUGCGUGGCCUUGUGGUUCGGCAGCACCGAAGCCUUCGAGGAGACCGUGCGCCGCGACGUGGCGGAGCUCGUGGCCUCCGAGCUGGACCGUGUGUUCAAUCGGAGAUGGAGCAUUGCUGUGAGCAUGCCGAUGUUCUGGGCUUUAAUGGAUUGCAGUGCAACUCACUGGAAGACGCAGGACUUGCCGCGAGCCGUCGCAUGGUUUGUGGGAGGCUUAUCGCUGUGGAUCCUUUCUGCGCCCAUCUUUAUCGAUUACUUCAUCUAUCUCACCUACCUCUUCCGCCACCAAAACCCCUCCUCUCGCGUCCGCGAUUGGGGGCAGAACCUGGCGGUGCUGCUGCUGACGCUGCCGGCCCUGCUGGGACUUCUGGGAGUCUUCUUCUUGGUGCGGCUGUUCCCACCGAAGCCCCUGCUGAGGGGUGGUCUCUACGUCGCAGUGAUGUUGACCUUGGCCACGACGCAUCAGGUGGUCAAAUGGCUUCGCAAUGGACGAGGUCGCUGCGGAAGCGUGGGCUGCGGAAGCUGCUUGGGCAAGACGGGUCCGUGGUCCAUGGAAGUGCCAAGUGAAGCCGGUUCAACGGGCUCAACAGCUUGAAGAUGCUUGAAGGUUGAAAUUGAUCACAUUGGAUCAAUCAACUCUACUUUCAAUCCCCAAAUACCCUAUUCGCAACAUGCAAAUCCAAAAAGGGAUCGCACCAGCG